AUGCCGCCAGCUGGAUUAGCGGCGCAACAAUCCAACGACACAGAUCUUCUGUUCCAAUUUACCCACGGCCUGCACGGCGUCGACCAGGAAUUAAACUACCUCUUCGUCCAUGUCCUGGUCUUCUCCUUCGUCGCACUAUGUGUGCUCACGUUCCUCCUUCGGUUCAUGCGGAUGGCGAACGCACACCUACGACAUCUCUCAACAAUGGGCAGUACCAGACAAGCAUUCUGGGCGGAGAACCAGACAUCCUGGUGGCCGGCAAUCAAGAAACACUUACUCUGGGCACCACUUUGGAGGAACCGGCAUAACCGAGAAAUUCAGCUGUCACAGGCUGUGUCUAUCGGCACGCUCCCGUCAAGAUUCCACAUGCUUCUGCUCGUGGUGUACGUUAUGAGCAACGUAGCGUAUUGCCUGAUCCUGCCAUGGGAUAACCCAGAAAGCGGAUCGGUGAUAGCAGCGCUGAGAGGCAGGACCGGCACUCUCGCCGCGCUCAACCUGAUCCCCACUAUCCUCUUCGCGAUGCGCAACAACCCGCUCAUCCCGCUGCUCCGAGUCAGCUACGACACCUUCAACCUUCUCCACCGUUGGGCCGCGCGGCUCGUCAUUCUCGAGUCCGUCCUGCACACUGUAGCUUGGGCUGUCAACGCCUACACCGCCGGCAAAUGGUCGGGUAUCAAUACCAGCCUCGCGAAGGAGCUUUCCUAUCAAUGGGGCAUGGUUGGCACUUGCGCCAUGCUCUUCAUGGCCAUCCAAGCCUGGUCACCUAUCCGUCACGCCUUUUACGAAACCUUCCUCAACAUGCACCGCCUCUUUGCGCUCUUCGCCCUCGUUGGCGUCUACGUCCACAUUGACGCGCACAGUCUCCCUCAGGUACCCUGGAUGCAGGUCAUCUUCCUAUUCUGGGGCCUCGAGUACCUUUUCCGCGUCUCUCGGAUAGUGUACUACAACGUCUCCCCACGCGCAGUUACCCGCAUCACCGUCGAAGCUCUCCCCGCGGAAGCCUGCCGGGUAACCUUCGACCUCGUGCGUCCCUGGACAAUACGGCCCGGUUGCCACGUACACGUCUACAUGCCGACCCUGUCCCUCUGGUCCUCGCACCCCUUCUCUAUCGCCUGGGCCGAGACACGCCCGACAAACCCGAUCGGCAGCGAUAGCGAGAAACUCCCCACUUCAACCCCCGACCUCGACCUCGACCUUGACCGUGCCAGCGGUCCCCGCAAGACCACCAUCACGCUCCUCAUCCGCGCGCGCACGGGUUUCACGCGCCACCUCUUCAACAAAGCCUCGAGCGCGCCGGGCGGCCGCUUCACGACCUUCGGCGCGAUCGAAGGGCCCUACGGCGGGCACGAGCGCCUCAACAGCUUCGGCACCGUACUCCUCUUCGCCGGCGGGGUAGGGAUAACGCACCAGCUGCUCCAACUACGAGCUCUGCUCGCCUCAGCCGCGAACGGGUCCUCCGCCGUGCGCAAAGUGGUUCUGGUGUGGAGCAUCCCGAACCACGAUGCGCUGGAGUGGGUGAAGCCGUACAUGGACUCGAUUUUGAGGAUGCAGGGUAGGCGAGAGGUGCUGGAGGUUAAGCUGUUUGUUACAAAGCCUAGGCAUGCGAGGGAGGUGGUUAGUGGCACGGGGACGGUGAGGAUGUUUCCCGGUAGGUGUAAUGUGCAGGCGCUUGUGGAUGGGGUGGUUAGGGAGAGGGUUGGCGCGGUCGGGGUCGUGGUUUGUGGACCGGGGGCUAUGGGGGAUGGAGUAAGAGCAGCUUGCAGAAGGAGGGUGGGGGUGGGGGCUUUGGAGUUUGUGGAGGAGGCGUUUACUUAUUAG